UUGGCGAGAUAUCGAACGGAGAAGAAAGUAUGGCGGAAGGUGUAGUUGAAAACCCUCCAAGUUCACGAUAUUUUUGCCAUGUGUGUAACCGAGAAAUAUCACCAAACCUACCGGAAUUCACAUGUCCUCAAUGUGACAAUGGCUUUGUUGAGCAGAUGACCGGCGAAAACAAUGAAGAUGAUAAUAAUACAGAAAGAAUCGAAUUAGAUGGUAGUAAUCCUGAAGAAGCCUUUACACAGCUUUGGGGAAGAAUGUUCCUAGGUCCACAUGAUUCGUCAGAAGGAAGUGAAGGCAGACGGCGGCGAGGUUUACCCAGAGCAAGAAGAAUAGCAGUCAGAACAUCUGGUCAGGGGGGGUCAUCUGGUAAUGCUGCAGAAGCAGCUGCUAUUGAUUUAUUCUCCAUUCUAUUGCAGCUACUUAAUCAGUUAGAAGGAACAGGGCCACCGCCAGCAGAAAAUGAUAAAAUAGAGGCAUUGCCAACAAUUAUAAUAGAUCAAGAACAAGUUGAUGCUAAAACAGAAUGUGCAGUAUGUCAAGAACAGUUUCAUUUAAGUGAAGGAGUAAAAGGCUUACCUUGUAGACACUUGUAUCAUAAAGAUUGUAUAGAACCCUGGUUAAAAUUGCAUGAUUCCUGUCCAAUAUGCCGUUUGAGCCUGUCCAAAAACCCAACAAGGCUGGAGCAAACAGACUGACACAACUAAGCAUUGUUUGCUGCUAGUAGUAAAUAAAUAGCUCUUCAUCUUACUGCUUUUCUCAUAGACAUGUGAACUCUGUAGUUGUGAAUAUUGCCUGUUGAAACUUGUUUUUUCACUGCUGCCAGUCAAAAACAUGAAAGUAACCAACUGAUAAGUUUUGAUUGACAGCAGCGAAAAACUAAAUUUAAGGAGGCAGCUUGAAAGUUCGCAUGUUUAUGAAAUUAGCAGUAAAUAGGACACUCGUAAUGUUAAAUAGUAGUAUGAGCAUGAUAUGAUAUAAAUAAUGACUUCUGUGAUGAAUUUGGCUCACAACUGAGAUUAAAAUGUGCAGGACAGCAUUGUUUGCAUUGUCAGAAUAGGAAAAACCCUAUAAAGAGUUGAAUUUGUCAUGUAGUUGUGUUGUUGAGAAUGUCCAAAGAACACAAUCCUGGAGCUUCUAAGUUGUGACAUAUUUCUGGGUCCAACUGUUCAUAAAACUGCUAAAAUAAAGUGAGAAAUGUUCAAUUAGAACAUUGGACAACAAAUUCUGUCAUGAAGAAAAGUGCUACGGAUCUCAACGAACUGUGACAGGUGAUUAAAAAUUCAUGUCUCUACCACGUUCACCUUUGUGUACUGACACACCCACAUUUGUAAACUUCACUGCUGAUUUUAGGGGCUACUGGUAGUUCUCUAGAUACUUCAUGCUGACUUCCUUUCCACGCAGACUGCUUAUUUUUCUGCAGAUUCUGUCAAGCAAGACUCUAUAUUCAGGCUUUUUACCUCUUUGCCAGAUAGGAAAAGUUUGAUACAUUUAUUGUCUUGGUAUUUGACUUUGAAUUCCAGGGUUCGUACAGAUUCCUCAGUGAAAAUUUCCAAAACUUUUCCAAAAGUUUCUCAAAGCCUAUCAACUAAAAUUUCCAAAACCACAUAAGCAAAAACAUAAAGUGAAAUUCAUGGACAUUCAGCAAUUAUACAAACCAAUACAAAAUAUGGCACUCACCAAAAGUGCCAGCGCACAUUGAUUUGCAGCAGGAAAAAAUAAACAUCGGCAUUUUUAAUUAAUACUACGGAAAGCAUUCUUUGCCAGGUAGGACCUGGGCAACCAACAGAAAAAUAUCAUAACUUUUCCAUAGCCCAGUGGUCGAAAAAGAAAUUUUACAAAACUUUCCAGGUCCUGGAAAAAUGCAUUAUUGAUUUCCAAAACUUUCCAAGACUUUCUAAACCCGUACGAAUCCUGGAAUUCAUAUCUAUCCAUGACUAGCGUGCUAUUGAACAUCAAGCCGAUGAGUUCUAAGAAAUUCAAUACAAAUGUGGGCGUGUCAGUACACAAAAGUGGGUGUGGUAGAGACAUGAAUUUUCAAUGACCUGUCAGUUUGAUGAGAUCCGUAGUAUUCUGUUUAGAAAAACUCCUAUUUUUAAGUAUACUUUUUCCAUCAAAGACCUUUUUUUGGAUGUUUUACUAUUUAAAAUAUCUUGCAAGUAGAAACUUCUCCAUUUUUUCAUUAAGAUAUAGAAAUAAUACUCAAGAGAAUGUUACAUCCAGUGGAUUCAUUUUCUGAAUGAGUAGGAAACUUUAAGCUUCAAUAAUAUUUUACUUUGUUCUGUACAAUAAAUUAAUAAUACAGUGUUGCAUGCAAGCACAGCACAGCACAUUUUUGAUAGAUAUUGCCUUAUAUUAAAAGCUCACUAGAGUUUUUAUGCUCAUAACUAUCUUAUACACAAAAUUGAAAUAUUGUGACCAAGACUAACUAGUUACUGACUACCUUUAUUUCAUACACCUAAAAAUGCACGUUUGUUUCAUUUGAACAAGGGGCAAGUUAGUGUAGAACAAUAGCUCUUCAAAUCGGUUGUCAUAUUUCGAUGUGCAUGGAGCAAGUGUGUAGUACUUGUGAUGGACUAAUCGAAAACCUUUUAUCUUCCGUGAUUACUCUGAAGGUACAUUAAGAAAAAUAUCAAUAAAUAGUUUGUUCGGA